AUGGUGACCAAACUUCAUAACGCCCCACCCUUCCGGGCUGAACAUAUGGGGUCUUUGCUUCGCCCCGAUAAUCUUCUAGAGGUCCGGGCCAAAAUCCGUGAUACCGGUAUCUCUGAAGAGGUAGCGGGUCUCCACAAUGUUGAAAAAGAGGCCGUCGGCGAUGUGGUCAAGAUGCAGCGUGAGCUUGGUUUAAAGGCGGUUUCGUCUGGUGAAUACAACCGAACUCGCUUCUGGGGUCUCAUGUGGGAUGAGUUCGAAGGAAGCGUCCGUCUACAGGACGCAGAUGCCUCGAUGUUCCGCCUAUACCACCCUGACGUCGUUAGCUUGAUUGAGAAGGACCGGAAGGUUAUGCCUGGUGAUUCUGUAAUUGCUGGCUCAAAGCUAUCAUGGAGCCCAUCUCAAUCAUUAUCAAAUCUGCACGAGUUGGAACUAGUACAGCAAGCGCUUCCAGAGAGCGAGUGGAGCGAUAUUAAGCUCACAAUGAUCACACCCGCCUGGUUCCAUAUGCGUUACAAGCAAGGCAAAGCUUACACCCCCGAGGCGUACUCGAACGACGCUGAGUACUUUCAAGGAGUUGCCGCGGUGUACCGUGAUGAGUUGAAUGCGCUGUAUAAGGCUGGCCUACGCAAUGUGCAGUUCGAUGACCCGGGUAUGGCGUACUUCUGUUCCAAGGACUUCCGCAAGGGAUGGGAGGAGGACAAGGACAACAUUGGAACUGUAGAGGACUUGUUGGACGCAUAUAUUCAACUAUACAAUGACUGCCUUAGUCAGGUCCCCGCCGAUAUGCACACAGGAAUUCACCUAUGCCGUGGAAACUUCAUCGGGGGACGCCACUUCUCCGAGGGUUCCUAUGAUAUCAUUGCCAAGAAGCUGUUUGAAAACCUCAACGUCAAUACUUUCUACCUUGAGUAUGAUACCGAAAGGGCUGGUGGCUUUGAGCCUCUCAAGUAUCUCCCUAAGAACAAGAAUGUCGUUGUCGGUGUGAUCAGCACGAAGCUGCGCGAGCUGGAAAACAAGGACGCGAUGAAGGAGCGUAUUUACAAGGCUGCCGAUUUUAUUGCCGCUGGAGGUGGCGAGACCCGCGAAGAAGCCCUGAAGCGCGUCUGUAUUAGCCCACAGUGUGGCUUCAGUACCCAUGAAAGCGGGUAUCCUCUAUCCCUGGAGGACGAAAAGAACAAGCUGAAGCUCGUCCGGCAAAUUGCGGAUGAGAUUUGGGGACAGCCUUAG